AAAGCCACGUUAGCCUCCCGUUCAAAACUCAGCCCCCUCAGCAAGACAGCAACCUGUGGAGGUGUCUGUGGAAAAAGGGUGUUGGUCUGACACUCAGUCGCUGAACUUAUCCAACGUGUUGCUGAUUCGGGUUGGAAACCAUCCGUUUUACCAGACAGAGGUGAAGACACAGAGCCAUGGCACGGAUUUUGGCAGUGGUCUUCGUUACAUUUGUGUCCCUCGUUUUGGCAGAGGACCAGCAAACAGAGGAUGAUCCGUUCACAUUCGACUAUCAUCAGCUUCGUGUCGGAGGGCUGAUCCUGGCGGCAGUCUUGUGUCUGAUUGGCAUCACUAUUCUCCUUAGUGGGCACUGCAGAUGCAAAUUCAACCAGGACAAGAGGAGGAGGGCAGGGAGUAAUGCUGCUACCCAACAGAUGCUCAAUGACACAGCAAGGGCCAGUGAAUGCUAAGCACUAAUCGAUGGCCCAGAUGCUCGGUGUCUAGCUGACCGGAGGAGGAGGGAACAGUGGAGAUCCUACAGUACCUUAUUCCACAACAGAAGCGCUGAAAAAGUGCUAAUGUCUCUUUAAGGAUGAUCCUGUUAUAUAGAUGCUGUUUUUUUUAUUAUUACCACCUAUUUGCUGCUCACACAGCUCCUUAUUUGGAAAGUGAUGCAUCACCCAAGAACCUGUGUUUUGGGGCUUUUGCCUAUUAUUUAAUUCCACAAAAACCUUAUGGCAUCACCAGCCUCCGAGUUAUAGUAUUUCUAAUAUGUUUACUAAACCAUUUCAGCUGUAGACGCCUGCUGACCUUCUUAUUUGUCCCACCUAUCGGUUUUAGCCACCCCAAAAAACCUCUUUAACCAAAAAAGUACAAGCAGUAUAUCAGCUUUGCUUCCUGUUGUUGAUGUUGAGAAUGAAAAGUUGCUUAAUGUGGACUUCGUUGUUAUGUUAAGCUUGGUAGAAAUAAAAAGAGCGUCCAGCUGAUUCUGUUCACUCGAAGCACCUGCUUUAAUGCGUCGUGUUCAUAACAGGUUGUGCACUAUUUCUGUUAUUUUGUCAUUGUAAGAAAUUGUGUGUCAGAGACUAAAUCACUAAAACAGUCAAAGCUA